GUCGCCUCUCGUCUGUCGCCUGUCACCGUGCUCCGCCAUGAAGCACUGUAGUGCUUGGUUCAUCUCGCUCUCCCCGGCGGUCGUCCUCGUGCUCUGCUGGUUAUGUCCAGGUGUGGAGUCCAUCAUCUGCUACCAUUGCAACUCUGCCUAUGACCCUCGCUGUGGUGAUCCAUUCGACCCUUACAGUCUGGGGAAGAUUAAUUGCUCCAUGCAGCCUCCCCUAGAGCACCUGCCAUACAUGGAGCCCACUGUCUGUCGCAAGAAUGUCCAGAAAGUAUAUGGCAAGAUCCGAGUUGUGCGUAGCUGUGGAUUCAUAGAGGACCCCGACAGAGAAGAGAAGUCCUGCGUGAGGAGGUCGGGGACCCACGAUGUGCAGAUGCUGUAUUGCGCCUGCAAGGGUGACAUCUGCAAUCCUGCCUCCACGACAAUAGCACCCGGACUGCUCAUGGUGCUGGCCAUGUCUGCUAUUGGGGCCAGCGUGUUAUAACAGCUCCAUUCCUGUUAACACUGGUUCGCUUAUUACUGUUGACCGAUCUGAUCUCAAGGCGUGUGGAUGAUAGUCGUAACACCGGCUUGCUUCUAGUUCAGGUCACCUAGAAUUACGAAAUGAUUUUAUACUUUGAGUUCAUUGCUCUUUUUUGUUAAACCUCCUUUAAAAUACACUGUAGGCAAUUUGUUGUAGAUAUUAAACAAAGAGUACCUCAAAAAUCCUCUACAGUAGGUAUAUCAAAAUAUAGAUGUGCAAUAGUUUUAACAGUUUUAGCAUUUUUUAGUCAAAAGUUGUUGCUUUAUGAUGCAAGAAUAUGUUUAAAUGUAAAAUAAAUUUUAAGUCAGGUGGUUUGGCAAAAUCAUCAGUUGUCUUUUUGCAGGAAGUUAUUAGUUUUUAGCACAUACCUAACGUGCCAGUAAAACCCCACCUGAGAUAGUAUGAAAAUCCAUUUGAGAAGAAGGUCAAAACAUCAUGAAACUAUAUUUCAUGCUUAUAUCCAUCAAAUUUUGGUUUAUUGUUUGGGUUUUUGCCUAUUUAAUCACUGCCAUUGUUGAUAAUGAGUGUUAUUUUCACUUGUUCAUUUGUUAUUUAUCCUUUCCUCAACAACCAAAUGGAGGUCAAGUAUGAACAAAUGAAUUGAGUAUACAAUUACUUUAGUUGUCAACCAAAGAAAAACUCCAAGAAUAUGUAGAUCUAGAAAGUGAGUUAAUUUUAAAUUGUAAUUGUUCACAUUCUCAAUAGGAACACUAUUGAGUGAUAUUUUAACAGAGUGUUUAAAGUAAUGUAAUAUCAAAUAAUACUUUAACAUACCUUCAGUUUUGUAAAGAUCCUUGCUACAAGUAGUUUAAAAAAACACAAGAUAUUGGUAAAUAUAAAACUAAUGAAAACUAUCAGUCCACAGAAAUGUUUUAAAGCAUUUGAGUGUUACCUGAGUAGCUGAGAAACUACUCAUAGAUGAGAUGCCUUGCCAUACCUCUGCUAUUUUCCUACACUAACACAACUGUAUAUAUUUUUUCAAUCCUAGUUGUAAGAGUGUUAUUGUCAGUUCUAUACUUGUGUUGUGUGCGUUUGUAUGUUAGUGUUUGUGGGAAUGAAUGUGUACGAGCUAAAAAUGAUAUUGUGCUUUAUGGUUACUACCAACAGAUUAAUUUUGCGAUAUUUUAAAUAACUGACAUAUUUUGAGUGUUAAUUAUAAUUAUCGUAAUUUUAGAAGACAGUUAAAUCAGUAACAUUGACACGAAGACUCUGAAAUGAAACAAAACCAUUUCUGGAGAAUGUUGUUGCAUAUCAUAAAGUGUAAGCUGUAGACGGGACGGACAAACUAAUUUAAGAACUCACUUAAAAAGGUGGAGAUAUGACUAUGUAAAGCCUAUGAGUGAGUGGUAUAAAUCAAGCAAGUAGAAUUGACUUUAUUUUUACCUCAAAUUUAGUGACACAGUCACAGUACCUACGUCACCACUUACACAUUUCCUCUACUCCCCAGGUGUUGAGAGUCUUUAUGGCAAUGUUAACGGUUUUUAUCUAUGUACCUAAGAAAGACGUUUUAAAACAUCUUAUGUUGAUGAUAAAUAUUGUUUUUGUUGUUAAACUAAGUGUAUUAUACAAAUUGCUUUUUUAUUUUAAUGAGGCUGCUUUAUAGAAACAUUCAGGGCAAUUUGGCUUUCAAAAACCCACAUGCUUCCACUCUGUUUGUAUUUAAUACCUAACCUUUAGGAAGUUAAUUUAUUGCAUUGACUUUAGAUUACCUACAUUCAUUAUCAAUGUUAAUAGCAUUCUAGGACCUAUGUAGCCUAUUAUUCAAUCAUUUUUGUAUAAUUUUCAACCUCAGGACCUAUCGCAAACUCUAAAAUUUUUAUAAAAACUCUAUAGUUACAAAUCCAAAAAAUACAUAAAAAUAGCACCACACCAUUAUUAAAAAUCCCUCCCUCAAUGACAAUGAGACAAUGUGGUUAAUUUCUACUUAAUACAUGAACUCACCCUCUAAUCUAGACUAGAGUAAGAAUAGAAUUUAAAGUUAUCAUUACUAGUAACUAAGAACCACUUUUAUUAAUAUAAAAGAAGACAACACAGUGGCCACUACAGUCCUUCUACCUUAUAGGUUUACUGAUAUGUCAUAUGAGUUUUUUUAAUGGUUUAAUACUGUAAAUUUUAAUAUCAACAGCAAUGCUUGAUGCUCUAAUACAGAUUUUUCUUCCAACUUCCAAAAUAGUUUUCUUUUCAAAUUUUCACAAAAUUGGUUAACAACGAAUAACCAUGUAAAAAAUAAAAUAAAAGAUUUCACGUUCUGUUUCAAAUAAGUAACAAAUUUCAUAUUUUUUACAAUGCAUAAAACUAAGAUGAUAUAUUUGGAAAAGUGAACAACCAUAUAUCACAUUCACACUGGUAUUUUAGAGUAAUGACAAACAAUCAUUAAUUGGGUUUAUCACUACUGUACAUCUUAUAUUUCUCAAUUGUAAUGUUCUUACAACAGUUUUUUUGUUCUUUCUAACACAUCGAAAUGGUUGAGGUCCUAGGUAUGAUAGAUGAAUUUUACAAAAAAUAUUGUAUUUGCUACUAUAAUUUUGUAUAAUAACUUUGUAAGUAGGCUUUUGUAAGUUAAGUUUUAACUUUGUUGUAAAUGUUUAAUAAUUCCAUCCAUAGCUUGAAUUAGUUGUAAUUAAUAUUACUCAUAAAGUAGUUGUGUUUCAAUGCUAACAAGUGAUGAAUAAUAAUCUAACAGUUGUUUCAUGACCGUACCGUGUUUUAAUUAUUCUUAGUAUAUUAAAAGUAGUCUCUAUUUAUUUAUUUAAUUAAAUUAACUUAUAAUCAUUUUAAAAAGUUAACAAUUUUCAACUCUUCCUCUUGUAAUGUGAAUUUUCAGUUUUAAUCCUAAAAAUAGGUGUUAUUUCUAAAUAAAAAUCACUAAAUUUACCACAGAUCAGAGUAAGACUAUUUUAAGUGGCUAGUUGAUAAUUUAAAAUAAAGAAUUUAUUUAAGAUUACUAGUUUGCUCAUAGUUAAGUACCCAGUAUUCAGGAUUUAUUUCUAGGGAUUAAAAAAAAAUAUCUAGUAGUAGUAUAAUAAUAAAUACUUUGGCCUCAUUGGGUUUCUCUCAAUGUGGGGAUCACUACCACCUAUUGCUAGAGGAAUUAAAAAAAACUGCUUUAACGGAAAACUGAAUUUGCACCUCAGUUUCAAUAAAAAAAAAAAUCAAAUGGUAAUUUAAUUUCACUAAACUAGGAUGAAUUGAUAAAUAGCCAUUGGUUAGAGGAAUCCCAGUGAAAGGGGUAGAGUAAUUGGUAAUAUGAACAUGGGAUUAAUUACUGUUAAAGUAGACAAUCAGAAUUCAGAAUUCCGAGAGACCCAAGAUGAAUUACACUCUAUUUCCCAUUGAACAUUUAUUAUUGAUUGGCUAAGUAAAACCAAGGAGAAACUCUAAAAUUAGGUUAUAACAUUCAUAAUUGUUUAGAAGGACCACAAAUUGACACUUAUUACACUUCUUUUAGAUAAAUUUGAUCUCUAUGGUUUGAUUUUGGACUUUUAUCAGCUGCAGGGUGCAUGUAGCCAAGUCAAAAGUAACCUAUCACUCAAUUUUGUGCUAUGAUUUGUUCAGUUUUUAAAGUUAUACCGAGUCAAGUUAUUUUUGUGACAAGUGUUCCUCACAACUGUUUCCGCAGCAAUUAAUAGCAAUGUUGUGACCAAAGAUAACUAAAUCUGACUAUUUGUACUCCGUAGCUCACUGGGUCAAAGCAUAAGAUAGUAUGGUUUUAUUAUUACCGACAAUAAAUCAAACUUUUAUCAGAGUGUCAGCUAUAUCAGCUACAGUAGUUAAAUUGUAUUUCCUUUAUUGUUUAGGUAGUUUAAGAAGCUUGACAACCAAUGUGGUGUAUUUGUGUCUUUGCAAUUCCUACUAAAAAUGAUUUUUUUGUUACUCCAAAAACCUAGUGUAAAAAUUUUAGUGUCAGAAUUUCCCUUGAUACUGGCUUAGUUUUUCUGUCUGCCAUUGUGGACAUGUGCUUGGUAAUUAUUAUAUUUAUUACUUGUACAAACUUUUGCCAUUUGUAGGUUUAACAUUGCUUUGCUAGGAAAACUUUGUAUGUUUUAUUACUUACGACCCCUGUGAUCCCCCAUCAUAUCAACAGUUUUGUACAUUUCAAUAAAACACCAAUGACAACAUUAAUGACGAUGUGAUACAUUACGGUAAAUGUGACUUUAUUUUGAUGUUAUCAGUGUUAGUCCUAAUAAUUAAUUGAUAUACAGUUACAUUAUGGAGCACAAAACAAUCCACGUGAAAAAAUUCUGAUAAACAAAAUACCUAUAGAACAUUCUUAUUCUUAUAAUUUUAAAACUUCCAUGGGUACUAUGUUCUGUUACUAUUCUUAAAGUAGGUUUAAAUCAAGAAACACUUAAUUCUCUUCAACCUCUACCCCGUUCAAAGUAUCUGUAUAGUGAAUAGUUUGAAUUAUAUUGCAAGAAAAUUUGUUGUUACGAAUCUCAAGUUUUGUGCUCCCAGAGAGAAUUUUGAGAUAAUCAAAAUUAAUUUAUAUCAAUUAAUAUUGGUGACAUUAGGUUGUAAACUUAUAAGCUAUACUGAUAAAUUCUAAAUGUUAAGAUAAACAGAUCUCAUGUUUAUACUGUUUGGGCACUGGGCGACUGGGCUGUUAGUAAGGUUACAUGAACAUGAAGCCUCAUCUCCUUGCAGGCAAUCCUAUAAAAUAGUUCCUUUACAUAUGUACUCUGGAAGUGUUUUUUUUUAUUAUUAUUAUUAGGCCUUUACACAAUUUAUUUGUUAAAAGUAAACCAGACUACUCACCAUUAAAAAGUAUAAUAUACCAGUUGUUUUAGUAGAGUGGAAAUCAUCAAUACUUCAUAGACUUUGCUACCUCUUUUUGAUUUUAACAAUUACUAUAGCCAAGCUAAUACAAUAAUAAAUUUCUGCCUUUACAAAACCACAAGUUUGUAGCACAACCGUGUAAAUGUUUAAAGCGUGUGAUCAUGAGACCUGUGUUUCUUACCGGUUUCUUACCGUUUUUCAUUGGUUCAUGGCAUCAAUUUUCUUUUAUAUGUUUAGAUUUUAAUCUUUGUUUACUGUAAAAGUGUAAAUGUAUUUAUAUCAUGUUGCAUUAGUACUGUAAAAUAAAGGACAUCCUAUUAAUUAUUAAUAAGAUCCAUUUCAUCAGCUUUACAUUUAUAGCUUGUAUUUAUUGCCUUAGAUUACUUUAAAAUAAAGUACUGAUAUGUGUACACUUAAGUGAAGCUGGUUAAAUUUUAUUGAUUUGAAUGAAAUUUGUUUAACUAUUCUAAAAGUAUCCAAGCAAUAAAUUUGGUAGAUAAUUAAUUUAAGCUAUGUCUUAAUAUUCCUUUAAGAUUUUCCUUAGCCUGCAAAAGUAAAAAAAAACAAAAAAAACAGCUCAAAGCAAAUUUACUACAGUUUUAUAUAAGCAAUAACAGAAGAUUAUAUUCUUAAACAUUUGGAAAUUUGCAUGUUUAAACAACCAGAAACAACUAAUUAUAUAGCGUUUAAACACUAACGAACUAUAUAUAUGUAUUGAAAAGUAGAGAGAAACUAUCAGGUUUUUACUUACACUUUGACUGAAAAUAUGGGCCUAUUUGGUAAAGUGCAGGGUGGAGGAUUUGUGUUUUGUGUAAUGAUAUGACUAUAAAGGAGGAAUGCUUGCUUAGAAACCCAAUACGGUAUUUAAAAAAAUAGAUUUUCCAUCAUCCUAAAUGCUGGUGUGCCACCAAUAGAAACAAAAAGAAACUAGAUAGUUUACAAGUGCUGGCAAAUUGCACUUUUAUUUAUGAUAGUAUCGGAGUUAAUUUUGUCAGCCAAGUUGAUUUAUUGCUAAACUUUAGAGUUGGGUCACAGUCUAAAAAAUAAUAGUGUAUAGGCAAUGAUAAUAGGUACUAUUUUCAUUUAAAUACACGUUUCUACAGGUUGCUAAAAUUGUCUGCAUGAGCAUCACUCGCAAGCAAAAAGGGAGCUAAUAUUCGAAAGAGAGAGAGAGAGAAUAGUCAUAAAUCAGCUGAUCUGGUAUUUUACAUAGAGGGCUGCUUACCGGCCCUAGGGGCGCAAGAGGUUUCUAAGUUUUACGGUUUGUUGGGGUUACAAGGAAGAGAACAAUUUUUCCCUCAAGGAAGGGGAGAGAGGGAGGCGCAAAUAUCUCUCGGACUCGGCCCAUAGUGCGUCACAUGCAAAUACAGUACUUAUCUCAGAAAUCCGAGUGAUACUUCGGUUCAUGCUAUUUAUUGGACUGUUUUUACAACUCCAAGCUACUUUAAGCUGCAUACUUUUUUAGCUAUCAGUCAAAGACAGGAUAGCUAAUUACAUAUAAAUAAAAAUGUGGACAGUUCAAUUUCUAGCCACAGCCACACAAACAUUUUCAAUAUUGUAGAUUGAAAGAUUGAAGGCAAAGGCAUCAUAAAACAUGAAUAAAGAUACAUUUUAACUUAAUGCCCAUUCACAUAUAUUACAUUCAGGCAUUGUUAAAAAUGAUGUUUGUAUGACUGUAGUUUCCUUAUCUUAAGCUUUUUAGAUUAUUGUAGGAAAGAAUAAAAUCCAAUCAAUAGUAGAGUAUUUCUACCACUAACUCACUUGUUCCAUGUAUAGUUACAGUACCUGCAGACUAGUGUUGUAUCUAUUGUAUUAGCUUUUUGAACUUAGUGUUGUUAUUUUAAAAUUUUAUCUGCAGUGCUGUUAAGUUAAUUGCAUCACAUAAAGGUUUGUUGACUCACUUUUAUUUAAAUUAAAUAUAUUUGACAAAGGUUGAUUAUAUAAUUUGUAA